AUGCUUCGCUCAAUUGUCUUCAUUAUUUGCUCUGGAGCAGCUUUGGCCAGUGUGAUCCAGGACCCCAUUGGCCUCGCCCUGAAAAAGUCCUUCAUUGACGAAAUCUACGGUGAAUUGGUCGACACCCAAGACUCCCGCACCCACAAGGCCCAUCUUUUGCAACUGAAUUUGGUAACUGCUUCACAGAACAAUGUGUUUGAGAAUAUCGAACCUGAGACCCACCUUCUGUUCUCUCAAUUGGAGCUGCAAUAUCAAGAGCUGUUGAGGAGACUGGCUCACAAUGGCUACUUGCGCCUGCGCCUGAAGGUAAAGUUCCCAGACGACGACGAUACUCUGGAUUUGGACGGUAUCAACAUGUUUGGUGGCAUAGUCACGUACGCUGGCUUUCCAACGUUCAAUUGUUUUGAUAAGUCUCAGUUCGACAAGAAUAUCGACAUUGCUAUCGUAGGAGCUCCCUUUGACACCGGUGUCUCAUACAGACCUGGAGCCAGGUUUGGGCCCGACGCAAUUCGCCUGGGCGCAAGAAGAUUGAAGGGAGGAGUCAAUCCCGCCAGAGGUAAUUCACGCAACUCUCCGUUGGCUAAACUUGACCCUUACAGAACUGACUUGAGUAUUAUAGAUUGCGGUGAUGUGCCAAUGACUCCCUUUGACAACAGAAUCGCCUUGAACCAACUCUAUCGAGGUGAGAGAGCGAUCCACGCACAUUCAGGAAAAAAGGGCGCCACUCGAGUCAUCACCAUGGGUGGUGAUCACACAAUUACACUCAUGGCAUUGAGAGCGGCAUACGAGAAAUAUGGUAAGCUUGCAGUGUUACACUUCGACAGCCACAUCGAUACCUGGAAUCCUAAGGUGCUCGGAGGAGGCAUCACCGAUUACAUGUCGCUCAACCACGGCACUUUUCUUCACUAUGCAGCCGAGCAGGGCUAUUUGGCCAAAGACCACUGCCUCCACUUGGGAAUUCGUGCCCCAUACGUUGAUAACAAGUACGACGAGAAACAUGACAGAGAAUGUGGCUUUGACCUCUUCACCGCCAGAGAUAUCGAUAGCAUCGGUACCAAGGGCAUUGUCGAUAAGGUCAAGUCAGUUGUUGGAAACAUGCCUGUUUACAUCUCAGUGGACAUUGAUGUUCUAGACCCCUCUCAUGCCCCAGGAACUGGCACAAUGGAAGUGGGCGGCUGGACCACUCGCGAGUUACUCACGAUAUUGGACUCUUUAGAUGGCCUUCACGUUGUAGGCGCCGAUGUCGUUGAAGUGAGCCCUCCAUUCGACUCGAACAGUGAAAUCACCAGUUUGGCGGCAACCGCAGUGAUUGACUCGAUUCUUGGUCUCAUGGUGUAUGACAUUUAA